AUGGGCACCAGAUAUUCCUCCAGUGGCUCUCCUCCAGAGAAAAUCAGCCGCUAUCCAAUUCCUUACAAGAAAGAUCUGCCUUAUGAUAUCGUGGAGCUUAUGGAGGAAAGUGGAGGAGGAUUCUUGCCCAAUGUCUUCAAAGUCCUGUCUCACAGGCCAGCAGAGUUCAGAGCCUUCUUUGCAUACUACAAUGAACUGAUGAACAAGGAAACAGGCAGAUUAACCAAGGCUGAUCGUGAGCUGAUUGUAGUGGCAACCAGUACCAAUAAGUGUCUGUACUGUGUGGUGUCCCACAGCGCUCUGGCAUCGCCUAACUCUAAGAACCCCUCACUUUGUGAUCAGGUCAUUGUUAAUUAUGAAAAUGCUGAGCUGGCCCAGCGAGAGCGCGCCAUGCUGGACUUUGCCAUGGCCGUGUGUCGCUGCGACACCAUCACAGAGGAGCACUUUAAAUCUCUGGAGGAAGUCGGCUUUGACCGCGAGGACGCCUGGGACAUAGCUGCCAUUGCUGCUUCUUGCUUUCUUCGCAUGUCCAACCGACUCGCCCACCUCACCGACAUGAGGCCAAACCUGGAAUUUUUUAACAUGGGUCGUGUUCCACGGAACAAGAGCAAGGACAAGGCAGGAGAUGGCAACUGAGAAGGGCGAAGAGGAUGUUCCAGAUGUGAUUGUUCAGAAGUUUAAUGCUAUGACACUGAAAAUGUUCAGUGAAGGAGUGAAGUCUGUUUUAUAUCGUCUCAACAUGUGACUGCUGACAUAUGAAGUAUGGCGUAAUUAGGUGUGAGAUCAGUUCUACAGGUGUACAAGCUAAAUGCCAUUAAAUUAACACUAGAAUUAGUCUGUACCCUGAGAUAGGAUUUGAUUCAACCCGCUUAACUGAGCCACUUCUUUUUUUUGUUUUUGUUGAAUUUGCACUGUUAUGUUUCGGUUGAUGAGUGUUACUGACUGCCCAUAUUGUUCUAAAGGUUAGGUGGAAAUCUGUUUUUCCUCAAGCUUAAAAAUAAACUGGGGGUAAAAAUGACAUUCUUUAUACUAGUAAAACUGUAUUUUCAAUAAUGUUGAGUAAAAGGGAAGACAGCUUUAUUUUAAGAUGACUCAACAGUAUUUCCUGUCAAUAGCAAUUCCUAAUCUUGAUAAGUAUCUCCUAUCACCACCAGAUGGCACUGCAUCCAUGUAACAUAUUGGAAUUUACAUUAUGUCCUCUCAAUAGGGAUGUGAUAACACAGAGUUCCAUAUGUGGAAAAGAUGAGCAAGUAAAAACCCACAAAGAGAGCUUCUAAAUAAAACUUUUACUGCUUAUCCCUUUAGUGAUGCAAACACGGGAUCCUUUAUUGCAGAUGUAACUCUUAGCUGGUGAAGCAGUUGCUGAUCUCACUUCUCUGAGCUACACAGCAACUCCCCUCACAAGUUUGCAUUCUGUGUGCUAUCAAAAGUGAUAAAGUCAAACAUGACUCCAGGCUUUAACUGAACAUUAGUUUUGGUAUGCAUGUGCAGACAGUGGAUUUUUUUUUCUUAAAAACUGAAAAGCUUCUAUGCUCACCUGAAUAUUUAGUUGAUGUUCACACAGUGCACACAGCUUAUGAAUAACCAGUCAGUUCAAAGGAUCACAAAUUGUGUCUCUGUAUUAUGACAGCCUGAAAGUCAUCCAAAGUGGAUAGUUAAAGUACGGUAAUGGGAUUCUUAAGGUAUAUACAUAAAUGUAAUUCCUCUGCCAGAGCGUAAUGUGUUGUUAAACCAUUUGAAACUGAAUCACCUGGUGUUAGCAAAGGUCAUUUCACAGAUGGUUUUCUCUUGGGUCUGUCCUAGGAGAUCUAUUGAUUUGAUAAAGUGUCAUAUGGCUCAGAAACUGCUCAUGUACUAUUACAGGUCCUCAUUAAGCACCAACCUUCAUGACCCCCAUGUGUCCUAUGACUGUUAAAAGAGAAAACAGUAUCUUGACAAGACAAGUAGUCUGCAGCUGCCCUGCAUCACUCAUGUUGUAACAAGAAUCGAACAGAAUUUUUAAACUGCUGUUUGUGGGGCUUGAGUGCAUGAAAAAAAAAUAUGAGAAAAA